AUUGCGAAGAAUGACUCGAGAUUAACGAAGAGCUAGACUCUCGACGUGACUCGAUUCUCCGUGUAUCGGACGUAGGGAUGGGUGAAAUUUGAGUCUGCAGUUUUGUUUCUCGAUUUUCUUCAUUCGAUCUUUUAUUCUUUGGAUUUUCAUAUCCGUUGAGCUUUCAGAGAAUAUAAGCCCGUCGAAUGUUUGUUUGUCGUCAGUCACGUAACGCUGAUCCAUUCUUAUCAUUCACGGCGUCGUUUGUGUGGAAUCUUGCGAAUAAUUACCGGCUUCUUCGAAACCUGCGGCUAUUCCCUACCUAUUCUCCACACCCCACACCCCACGUACUUCCACUUCCACUUCCACUUUCACUUCCAUUCCCGUUCCUAUUUCCAUCCCCCGUCCGCGUCACUACCCAGCAAAGCUUUUUCUCUCGUCCUCAGACCACCCGGCACUGGCUUACCCAACUGCCGCUAUACACUGCAGCGGGACUCCCACCUCUCUUUGAGCUUAUACCUCUUGACGCCGAUAGCAUAUAACUAAAGUUAUAGUAAUUGUACGGUAAGCCGGAACGAGUCGAAGUGAUACCGGUAUUUUAAACUUCGAAACAGUUAUAGUUUAGCUAUGGGAAACUAUCGCCUUCGGUUAACUGCGCGUACCGACGCGAUCCUCGGGUGUGAAUAUCUCGUAGUCACGACGUCACUCCACCCUCGUACCUCCGACUAUGCGAAUAUGGCGUGGCGAAAUCGCUCGGCGAAAAUAUAAUUUCGUCUACACCGUAUGUACGCAUUAAUUCGUUCAUUUAUUGUUUUCGUUUUCGAAGUUUACUCGCAAACUAAUCAACCAAAUUCUCGCCGAAUAUUGCCGGUUAAUUUCAGGCACUACGAGCGAUUCGACUCGAAAUACGUUUCCGGCGAUAAUUUCAGGUGUUUCCAAUACGCAGCGAAAGUCGAAACUCCGCAGCUCCGAAACGCGUUGGGAAACGGCAUUCAAAAACUAAAGCAAUUCAAGUCGCGAAUUGAGCUAGACGAUUUCAAGUAAUUACCGAAACAAAAAAUAAUCAUACUCCGCCCGAGUUUGUUUCAGGUCUGAGAUUCAAUGUUUCCAAACUGAUGGUCCAUGCACUUGUAAUUCCUAUGUUUUUCGCAACGAUUCUUUUUUCGCGUUACCAUUUUAGGUGGAUUUUGAACACACUCGAAGCUGACUACGAGGCGGAAUUUCGGGUCAAUCGGUGAAGCUGUCCGGAAAUAAUUAGACCUGUUCGAGGUGUUGACGUUGAUUUUGUUGAGUUGUACGCAAACCCGGAAAUUGGAUAUUUUCGAAAGACUUGUCGUGUCUGCUCCGAUGGGGUUGGAUUUCAUCGGCAAAGGUGGCAGGUGCUUGCGGAAUGUCAGCCUGGAAGUGGUACCCGAGGCGGUCCAGAGAGGUCACGAAGCGAUUCUACGCUGCCGUUAUGACCUGGAAGACGCGCCUCUGUACUCCGUCAAGUGGUACAGAGGAAGGCACGAGUUUUACCGUUUCGCACCUAAGGAGGCACCGCCAACAAAGACUUUUCCUAUUGCCGGCAUCAACGUCGACAUUCUCAACUCCAACGGGAGUCAAGUUAUGUUGAGGAACGUCGACUUCAGACUAUCGGGUAACUUCAGCUGCGAAGUUACCGCCGAUGCACCAUCAUUUUCAACGGCCUUUGUGACGAAGAAUUUGACCGUAGUAUCUUUACCUGAGGGAAGACUCGCGCUCACAUCCGAGAGGGAACGCUACGAUCCGGGGGAUAUUUUGAGAGCAAAUUGCACCUCACCACCUUCGAAACCACCUACUCAGCUUUCGUUCACACUCAACAACGUUCCGAUCGGCCACGUGAAUACCAAACAACACAGGGUAGAAUCGAACGAGGGUCAGCAGCACAACGCCGUGAGCUCGGGACUUCAGUGGAGCGAAAUCAACCUGGUACUUAAAUUGCUUCCUACUCAUUAUGUCAACGGUCAAUUGAACCUGCGCUGCUUGGCUGAGAUUCCUGCCGUAUAUUCGUCAACGGCCGAAGUGCAGCUCGGCCCAGGGCUACGAGAACCCGUCCCAGAGAGAGUUACUUCGGAAAACGGUUGUCCCGGAUUAACGAUGACGUCGUUACCAGCAUCUUUGAUUUGCCUCGGUCUCGUGCAACUGCUACUGAGAUAGUCGUUGUAGAUAUAAAUCAUCUCUCUAAUCCUGAUCGAAGGUAAUGAUAACGCCGUUGAAGCGUCGUUGGUACGAAAAACAAUGUACUAGUCAGAGAAAAUUGUUGAAUGAUACGAAAUUUAUGUGGUUUUUUAUAUUGGUUUAUAUUUAAAAGCGGUUACAAGAGAUUGGUGAGAUUCGAAUAUUAGGGAUUUGAAAUUUUUGUAUGUUCGAUUUGUUAUUAUUGUUAAACGAUGUUGAAUCUCCGAUUGAGACACGGAUGAAACGUGGCAUGAUGUUUGAGAGAAAACAAGGUACUUCGAGACGUGGGUGCAGCAAAGGUCGGAUGAUGAUAAGAUUUCACGAUCUUAAAACGGGUCACGAAAAGUCAAAGGGAAACGGAAAUUUUUCAGGUUGGUCUAAUCAACGACUCCAUUUUAAAUAUUACUCAACAAUUUCACGCUGCGAAAUAUCUUAAAGGAAGAAAACCCGAGGGCCCCGCGCUCCUUUAUACGGAAUAUUUCCAAGGCUAAAAACCAGGAAUUUCUCUACGCCCAGAAUAUCACGAACGUCGGCCGUUUAAUUAAUGCUUUUAAUUAGCGUCAACGACAUUUCUUCCGAUCAACAACACGAAGCCGUAACCAUCGCCAAGUUUUUCAAGUAUACUUGAUCAAUCGCCUCGAGUUCAGGUACACGCACAGCUGCUAUAUAUGAAUAUUUGUAUCGUGUAUUUCUACAUGUAUCGCAUCAAUGAUCCGUACUAAACGAAAAUCGGUUAGAUAUUCUCAUCAUAUAUAAUAUCUAAUAAUUGAAAGUGACAAAAAUUACAAGCGUACCGCUCAACGAAAUGUUGCUCGGCGCUGUAAACGCGAUACGCCUGGAAACAGGCUUUGCAAAGUUGGCUAAACGUGUGCGGGGUGUAACGUAUCCAUAUCUCUCGUAAGUAUUUUACUCGUAUAACAAAACAGGUAAACAACAACUAUUGUUAUAUGGAGUUAGUAAGCUAACUUGUAUAAGUACAUAUUAUAACACGUGCAGAGUCGUUUGAGUAAACUCGAGAGUUACGUUACCACCGCGUUUCGCCAUCGCGUGGACAUUGGGCCAUUUUAGAACUCGGGAAGACUGAAAUGAGAGUAGGAUGAAUACCGUCUGUUUCAAUUAUUUUUAUUCAGAACCGUGAGUUUUUUCUCUUUUUUUUUUUUCAAUGAUCCGUUGAAUUAUAAUCAGAAACGCAAUUCGUACAGUUUUCACGAAACGAUGCUUUCGAUUCACACGUACGAAACAUUUGAAAAACGAUAAAUUGUCUCGCCAAACAUUGGUAGAUAAUUUCAAUUCACCCGAAAAUUAAGAAAAAAAACUUCUACACUCGUCUACGAAAAAACUGUACAAAUCGCAUCUUCCAACUGCUUGAAGAAACGUCUUCGUGCAACGGCCCUUUAUGAAUUCCAUCGGCUUAGGCGUAACGCAGACAUUGCGCGACGAGAUCGACUUAAGAAUGCUUAUUACAUAAAAAUCAAAUAGGUAUAUGUUUUAAGCAAGAAGCGUAGCUCGGCUUUGUACGUGGGGUCGUGACUUCCGUCCGGAAUUGCGCAUUCUUAUAUACAUAUACAUCGACAGCGUUCUCUUCUUUAUUUCUAUUUCUUCUGUCGUCUGGAUUAUCAUUAUUAUCAUUGUCAUCAUCAUGGCCAUCCUGAGAAAAGUAACUGUCAUCUUACGAUAUCCACCCCUUGUGAAUAAUAAGUCCGCUCUCGAAAUACCUUCGCUCGAUAAAGAUCGAAGGGUAAUUUUGCUCGUAGUUAUAAGUAACGUAAUUACGAAUAAAUAAAUAUAUAUAUAUAUAUAUAAUAAUGAUACAGGGCAUCGAUAUAUACAUAUAUAUACAUGGGCUGACGUAGGGCGACGAGGCUUAAGACGUUGCUUUCGCAGCCGCGUAUAUAAAAACCAGAUAUAGUAUAGGUAUAUGUAUGUAUACCGAUAACGAAAAAUUUUUAUUAACAAACAGAGGAGAAAAAAGAAAAGGAAGAAAGAAAAGAAAUAAUAAUAAUAAUAAUGUUAAACAAACCGAAAAAUAACGAAUAAAACCACACACGAAGGAUAAAAUUAUAACUGUACACUCAGUGCAAUUUAUAUACAUGACAUAUAAUAUAGUUUUCAUUCGUAACAACGGUAUAAAAAAAAUUAUAAAUAAAUAAUCUAUACAUAUGUAAGUUAAGUGUAUAUCUGUACGAUGAUAUAUGUGUGUAAAUUAAAAAUAGUGUAUACGUUACACGUAUAUAUAUAUAUAGAAAUUUGAAGAGAUUAAGAAACUAAAAAAAACGAAAAAGGAAACGAAGAAAAAAAAUUAAGGCCCUCUUGCUCACAUGGUUAAAUAAUAAUUGAAAGGAGUUCUACCACGAUUAUCGAACGUAGUUUGUAGUAGCUGUACGUUAUCUAUAAUAAAAAUAGGUUAUCGAUAUGCAUGCAUGCUUCCCCCUGUUGAUAUUAUAUUAUAUUUUAUUAAAAUUCAAUAUUUAAGUUAAGCGAAUCCCAUAAACGGGCAGCUAUUACAUUCAUGUAUAUUAUACAAAUUCUACGUACAUAUAGGUUAUUAAAACCGGGAUAAUACGAGACCAUGCACGCGGGCCAACGAUGCAAGAUGCACGCAUCGUACCUACGUGUAUUCAAAAGGUCAAAAUUUUAGAUCGAGCGAAGUAUAGAGGAAAUAAAGAAGGAAAGAGAAAAUCUCCAGAGUCACCACCUCGGGGUUACUAUUUCAAUCGCUUGCGUCAUCAUCGUAGCCAUAUUUUUCGCACAGUUCGCGAAUAAGGGAAUAUAGAAGAUGGAGAAAAAAAUCUGGAGGGGGUUGAGGGGCACGUGGCUCGUGAUUAACGAUUGGACGAACGAACUGAAAUGAUUCGGUGGAAUAAUAAGUAAGGCGAUGGAGAGGAAAGGGAAAGAAUUUCAUUGUAUAACAAUUGGGUCAACGAUAUACCAUCGGGAUAGCAUAAUGGGAACGUUGAAUGAAUAGGUGUAGAGUAGAGUUUUAUUUUGCGACGUCAUUCGUCAUGGGAUAAUACUUGAAGGAUUCUGUUGAUCCAGGAUUAAGUGCCGCACUACCUACUCGCAUAGUCCCGGCGGCCACCAUAGCUGUACUACACCGUCUACUCGCUUUGCCAGAUAUUCGUUAAUGGGUAAAAUUAUUCAGCAAAUUUUCCUACGCUGCUUAUACAUGCUGUACCGGUAGCCCGCAGUAGCGCCGCUCUGAGUUCUGACCUUUUGAUAUUCUACGACAGCUUGCAGAAAUUUCUCUGCCAAUUCUCUCUGCACUUGUAAUAUUUUUAUUCCCCGGACGAGAUGUAAAGGGUUUAUAUUGCACCCUGUGUGUCCACGGGUCGGGGCGAAAAGGAAAGGCCAAUUUUUAGCUUUCUCAAGAUCGCGAAAAUUACAGAAGAAUGGAGCUCUCGUUUCGCGCUCUAUUUAUCAUUACGCGCGCUCGAAAUAGAGAUUUUUCGUAGGAAAUCACAGUGCGUCGAAACAUUUCACGCGGCAAAGCUUUUCAUUCCCUCGGUUAUAAAAUUGACUUUUUCCUUCGCUCACUCUGUACAUACACGCAUCCCCUAUUUGACCGCGGCUCCACUACGGCGCGGUUAAUAAUUGACAAAGUUUUACCUCUACGCGAGAAUUCGUUCUCGCAGGGUAGAUAAACGAAUCUCAUCUCUGCUUUUUUUCCUUUAUCAGCACAAGUAUACAUUAACUAGGUACAUAAACGCGAAAAAAUUGAAUUAUUUUAUACGAAGCAUUAUAAGAAGAGAAAAAAAAAUAAUUUUUUGUGUACAAAGUAAAUCAUUUGAAUGUAACGCUGAUGUUAAUUAAAGUCCGUACGUUCGAAUAAUA